AUGGCAAAUAAUAAAGAUAAUAAAGGUCAACUUAGCAAAACUCGAAUUCCAAUUUUAACUUGUUCAUAUAAUAUAACAUCACCACCUGAACUUAUUGCAGAGCAAAAAGAAAUUUUUAGUUUAUUCAAAGAAUAUGUAGAUAGCAUUUUGAUUCCAAAGGAAGAUGUUCGUUAUCAAAUAGAAAGAGAUUGGACAACGGAUGCUUGUUUGAAACGUUAUUUGCGAGCGGCAAAGUGGAAUUUAACAGAUGCGAAGAAAAAAAUAAAAGAUAGUUUAGCAUGGAGAAGAGAAUAUAAACCCUCGGAGAUUGACCCUAAAUUAGUUGAAUUUGAGGCCGUUACUGGUAAACAACAUCUAAAUGGAUUCGAUAAAGAUGGACGACCAAUUCUAUAUUUGAGACCUGGAUUAGAAAAUACUUCACCUGGUCCUGAUCAAUUACGCUUUAUUAUAUUUAAUUUUGAAAGUGCUAUUAAAAUUAUGCCAGACAAUGUAGAGAACAUUGUAAUUAUUGUUGAUUUUAACUUUAAUAAUUGUUCCGCUCGAAAUAGUCCCGGUUUGGGAGUGGCUAAAGAAUUUAUGAACGUUUUAAGUAGUAAUUAUCCUGAGCGAUUGGGAUAUUCUAUGAUCAUUAAUGCUCCUUGGUAUUUUUGGGGAUUCUUUAAAUUACUCUCUCCUUUUAUUGAUCCUGUUACAAAAAAUAAAAUUAAGUUUGUUGAUAUUAAGAAUCCUAGUAAAGUUACUCAAGAUUCUAGUUGGGUUAAUCCUUCAGAUUUUAUUCUCGAAAAUCAAUUGGAAUCAGAAUAUGGUGGAUCGAACCUUUUUGAAUAUCAUCAUGAGACUUAUUGGAAUGCUUUAUGUGAAAAAGCACCUUUUUAG